AAGGAGAUUUCAAUCCAAAGGCAAAUUGGGAAGAAGCAACACUUCCAUAUAAACUUGCGGUUGGUGUCACCUUGGAAGAAUAUGAAAAGCAGUCGGACGACUUUAACAUCCAUGGAUAUUGGGAAUGGGUUGACGGCGAUGUUAUAAUUUAUGAAUUACCCUCAGAACCGCAUGAAGUUUGUAUUGGCAAAAUUUCUAAGGUAAUAGAGGGUGCCUGCAGAAAUGUUGAAGAUACUCCUGCUGAGAUUUUUAGUCUUGGAUCGACUCGGACAUAUGCUGACGGUUCUGCAAAAGAGGCCGACAAUUCAUUUCGUCCGGAUAAACCAGAAGUAGCAUAUCCAGACGGGAUUGAUAAGAAGACUCGCCCUUGGCCAAAUCUUGUUAUCGAAGUUGCAUAUUCCGAGACAAUAGAUCACGUUACAAACAAGGUGAAGAACUACUGGCUUAAGCCUGACCGUGCCCAUGAUGCCAUUGUUGUAAAAAUUGACCCGGUUCCUAAUGGUCAAGUACCUACUCGUAUGAUAACAUGGCAUUAUUGCGUUUUAGAUAGAAGAACGAGAUCCACAUUUCCUGCCAAAACUACGUUUGAAUUCGGCACAGUUGAUGGGAAUGGAAAUCUUUUGACUUUUCCACAAGGUGCACGUGUGAUAAACAUUGCAUUGAGUUGUCUAUACCACGAUGUACAUCCUUCUGUCGCAAUUCCUGGAGGCAAUCAUGACAGUGCUUACGCCCCACUAGUUCCAGGAAAGCGAAAAGUGACGAGUACCAUAAUUUCAUUAUCACAUUCUCCCGCUGUCCACUCAUGA